AAAAUACAAAAAUCUCAACAAAAUAAUAUUGAAAAUUCACUCAUAAUUGAACUUGCUGAACAAAUUUGUACUCAACAAGAUUAUUUACUAGAAAUCACUGAAGAAAACAAAAAACUAAAAAAACAUAUUAAAAAAAUAGAACAUUCAGAAAACGAAAAAGAAAAAGAAAUGUCAAAUAAAGAAUCUACAUCAUCAUCAUCUGACUCUCAAGAGUAA